AUGGACAGAGAAGCAAAAGACUCAAAAAAACCGAAAGGCCAGAUGUCGGCUUAUGCAUUCUUCAUGCAAGCCACGAGAGAGGAGCAAAAGAAAAAUCAUGGUGAGUUCUUGUCCUUUUCGGAACUUUCCAUGCAGGCUUUUAAAAAGUGGAAGAAUUUAUCUGACGAAAACAGAAAAAUAUAUAAAGAAAUGGCAAGGAAGGAUUCCGAGAAGCAUCAGGCAAAGAUGCGAAAAAUUGAUAUCGCAAUUGAAAAUUAUGAUAAAACAGAUGAGAAGGAUGAAGAUGAUGAGGAGGAAGACACUGAUUAA